UAAAGAAACAUUUGGGUAUGUCUUGAAAAGUAAACGUAUUGAUAGCAACAAUGGAAUGGAGAACUGAAUUCUUACUAUUCCUCUGUUUAAUUGGUUGUUUUAUUGUGGCGACAAAUGGUGCCUCGUCCUGUACAUGUGGAUGUUUUAACUUAAACUAUAAUUUCGAUGACCUUGACCCGGAAACACAAGAAAAAAUCCUGGAAAUGAAGAAAAAUUUGACUGUAUCUACAAAAGAUACAUCAAGUUAUAAAAGAUCGUUAGUAUCUUCUAGUGAUUCUAGGUCUUCAGCUAAAGCAGUCGGUUCUGUUGGACUGGUUAUACUGAUAGUAAUUGGAGUUUUAAUGUUACUUGCGGACUUCACUAGACUUUUCAUUAAACCAAAUGACUAUCAAAAUAUGGACUAAAUUGUUAGUUAAAACCCUUGUAAGCUAGUUGUUUUAUUGUAUCACGCAUCUUUGUGAAUUGAUUGAGUUGUAUGUGCAUCGU